AUGAACUUCUUGCGCUUGAGGUCUGUCCAGCGGACGGACGCUGGAAAUUACACGUGCACGGCCAGGAACACGGUGGGAUCUAAGAGUCUACAGCAUCAGGUGAUCGUAACACCAGACAUGAGUGCCCACGUGGUACCGGCCUUAGCGGAUAUCGAGUCGGGCCGGUCCGUGUCGUUCACGUGCAUCACAUCAGCAGCCGACGAUAACGUGAGUUUUUUUAAAAAAAUCUUAAUGACCGGUUUGUGUCGGUGUUUCAUAAUGCAUUAUUGCCUCUCUGCCGUAGCCUUAUUCUUUUGGGUCCUUGUAUUUUCCUCUGUGCAUAACCUUCAUGAAUUGUGUCGUGUAUUCCACCCAUCUAACAAUACCCAUUGCCUGGUAAUUGUAAAAGAGGACUAA